UGUGUCCGAAGAACCCAUUCGGAAUGGUUUUCCGUUGUGGAAGACACGAAGAUUAAGUAAAGGCAAGAAAAUACAGARAAGUGUUCUGCCGCUUAUUGUGUAUUGGUUCGAAAUAAUCCACAAAAAGGUGGAUAACUGAUGCUCRCACUCCUCGCCACAAAAUCCGAGCACAACACGAAACACUCAACAAAAUUGAAMGUAGCACGUUCAACAUUCCUCUUUAUCUCUUAUCAACGAUGAUACCUUCRCUUCUCUCAACAGCGUAUCCGUCAAAAGAACCUUAUUCUGGUUCGUUAGCGACUGACUCCUCGGUCGUGGAAAUCACGAUCACCACACUGGAGGAAUUCAUUGUACCCAGCCUCGACGGGAUUUCCGAGCCCACUCUGACCAAGGUCGAACGAAAGCACAACCUGCGCCUGAGCCUUCCCUCUUCCUCUUCGUCGUCCUCGCCCUCUACAAGAAUCACAUCGGUGAACGUCAAAUUAGAUUACCAAAAUCUCCGAAUGAAUAUAAACACGAAUGCGAACACAAAUGCGAACACAAAGGAAAAUGCGGAUGCGGAUGCGAACGUGGUACUUUCUGCCUCAAGCUGUCCAUGCGGUGAAUCAUCGUUGGUGCCUGCUGACAUCGCCUACUUGGACACAACUCGUCCUUUUUGCCACAAGCAGCUCCAGCGAUGGCAUUGGCAACAAGCGCAGUUCGAGCUUUUUCGCCAGCUCCAGAACCAGAAGCAACUAGGUCUGGACGAAGCACAGAUUCUACGACAACAGCAACAAGGACAGCGAAUGGAGCAAGCCCAGUCGCACACAGCGSAAACCACCAAUACCGUCAUGAUGCCGCCAGAAACGGUGUCUUCCUCACCAGAUACGGUAAACAAUGAAAGUCCAAUCCAUGGUAGCGAAACCAAUUCUAAUACCUUUGAUUGUGCGGUGCCGGAAACCGUGUCGUCAUGGUCCACGUGUUGCAAUUCGAACACGUCCCCUYCAAGAAUAAGAACAUCAACAACAAGGAAGAGAAACGCAGUUGCGACCGGAUUCAAYGGAUGUAACAAACAGCGGAAAACCAAAAAGGGAGCGCGGCGAUAAUCGAAGAAGUGCCUUUGUUGUUUUGAUGGCUACGAGUUCCGUGCCUUUUUUAGGAUAUGAUGCAAUGUUAUACGAAAGCAUAAUACAUAUUAAAGCAAUGA